AUGGGGUUUAAAAUAACUCCGGAAAAUGCACUUAAUUUUGCAAAGGGAAGGGUUUGGAUAAUAUCAUCGUGGCCUCCUUCAACGUCAGGUGGUAAUAAGUGGAAAAUGAUAUGGUUCAAUGUACGAUGGUGGAUAUCAUUUGUAUUUUUAUUACUAUUAUUUUUUCCACUACUCAAUGGAGUUUACGUGUUUCGAAAUGAUUCAUUAGUUAUGAUAAAAGCAGUAACACUCAGUGCAGCAAAUUUGCAGGCAAUUAUUAAAAUGGCAAUAUCACGUUAUCAAUGGAAAAAUUUAAAAUCGUUGCAUACAGAUAUAGAUGAUUUUUUAAAAAAUUCAACACCAAAAGAACGUGAAUUUAUACAAUUUUAUGUUAACAAAGGAUCUUUUUUUCAUUUAUUUUUUACUGUGACAACUUGGCUUGUUUGUCUUGCAUUGUAUAUUGAGCCUAUCGUGUUCAAUCAGCCAUUUCCAACAGACGCAUUUUAUCCAUUUAAUGUUGAUAAUAUUAUUUUACAUAAUGUACUUUAUUUACAACAAGCUUUGUCUAUUUUUAUAAUUGCUUCAGCACUUAUUGUCGACAGUCAAGUUGCUAUUUUAAUUUGGUUUGCUUGUGCGAGAUUUGCAAUUAUUGGUGAAAGAUUUGAACACAUCAAAAAUGAGGAUGAAUUGAAAGACUGUAUUCAAAGUCAUCAAAAUGUUCUCAGAUAUUCUGAUAAUGUAAGAAAAGCAGUUCGUUUUAUAGCAGUGGGAACAAUAACAACAACAACGAUUGGAGUUAUUUGCGGUCUACUCACAGUAAUAAGUAAACAACCGGUAUCUGUUAAAAUUCGAGUAGCUGCUAUUAUUGGCUGUGCUGCAACAGAACUUUUAAUCUACUCUUGGCCAGCAGACGAUUUAAUUCAAAUUAGCCAAGUCAUUGGGGAUAAAAUAUAUCGCAGCAAGUGGCUUGAAAAAUCGCACAAACUGAGAAACAUGGUGCAAUUUGUGAUACACAGAACUCAAAAACCAGUCUACAUAUCAGUUCCAGGAAUAAUACCAAACUUGUCAUUACAGUAUUAUACAAAUGUAUUGAAAAAAAAAAUACCAAUCAAAAUUUUGAUAAGUAUAUUAUAAAAUUUAAAAAAAAAUUAACCAUAUUGAUUUCAGUUUUUGUCAUCAACAUUUUCGUAUUUUACAACACUCCGGAUAGUAUUAGCCAAAGAAGAAACAUCAUACUUAAAUUCAGUGGGUCUUAUUAUUCCACUUAUACUUGGUGUUUAUCACAACCGUCAUCAGCCAGUGCUGAUGAUGAAAACACUCUCCGAAUUAACAGCAAUUUUUGAGGUAUUUUUUAAUCUGAUUCUUUGCAAAAUUCAACGACAACGACUAGAGAUUUUACUGAAUGAAGUUGAUGAUUUUAUUAAGACUGCAAAGCCUAAUGAAAAAGAAAUAUUACACAAAUAUGUGAAUAGAUAUUUUUAUUUUUGUGUAUUUGUUGGAAUAUCAUUUUUUCAAACAGCAAUUGCAUUUUCACUUGGACCAUUAGUGACAACGUCAAUUGUACCAGCUGACACUUGGUAUAUAUUUUCAUUUGAAACAUUUUCUAUUGUUCAUUUAUUGAUUUAUACACAACAAAUUUUGGCAAUUGCUCAAACGGGAAUGAGUAUAACUGUGGAUUUUAUGGUCGCGCUACUUCUUGCAUAUGUAGCAACAAGAAUUGAAAUUUUAAAUGUUGAAUUUAAUAAUGUUGUGGAUAAAAAAACACUUAAUUAUUGCAUAAAAAAACAUCACCAUUUUAUCGAAUUCGUGAAUCAACUUAGAUUGGCUGUUAGAUUUAUCGUAUUAAAAAGUAACGUUGCAAUGGCAAUGGCCGUAAUUUUUGGAGCAUUUCCUUUAAUUUAUCAUGAACCACUUCCAGUGAUAUCUCAAUUUAUCUUGAUGGUGAUAGGUGGCUGUUUGAGACUCUAUAUAACUGCUUGGCCAGCUGAUGAUUUAAAACACAUGAGCAAUCAAAUUGCCUGGUCAAUUUAUGACUCAGCUUGGAUUGGUAAAUCCAAAGAGCUACAAAAAAGUGUUGAAAUAGUUAUUCGUCGUUCUCAAAAACCUCUUGUUAUUUUUCUUCAUGGUGUUCUUCCGGCAUUGAGCUUAGAAUUCUAUGGUGCUUUUUUGUCAUCAACGUUAUCCUACUUUAUGACUCUUCGAGCAAUAAUUGGAAAAUAA